GCAGUUAUUUCCUAAUAGUGAAACCACAGAACUGGGGGUAGAAAGAUCUUUCUUUUUCACGCGACUGUACGCGAGUCCCCUGAACCUGCUAUUACAUGACGCCAACAUGCGGAACCGCGCGCUAAUUAAUUACUAUUCUUUCCUUCUGCUUAUAAUUACUCUCCACGAUUAAUUUGCGCCAACUUCAAACACGGAAACCCUGCCUGCGUUAGUAAACAUUAGUCACAAAAGUCAUACUAGUAAAAGCCGGAUGUCGAGACGGUUACACGCGUUCACUUUCUCACCUGUGCGCGCGUGCUCCACCCAGUUCUUUUUUUUUUUUUUUUUUUAAGUCCUGUAUGAAUGGAGAUAAUGUCCCGUUACUGUGGUAACGGACCCCUCCUCCCGCGAGCGCCGGGCCGCUCGUUCCCAUCAUGGCUCCCUCCGACAGGCCGGGCUACUGGGGCCGCCCGACCUCCACGCUGGACUGGUGCGAGGACAACUAUGUGGUCUCGUUCUACAUCGCCGAAUUCUGGAACACUGUCAGUAACCUGAUCAUGAUCAUUCCACCAAUCUUCGGUGCCAUACAGACUUUCAGAGACGGCAUGGAAGUCCGCUACGUGUUUGCUUUUCUUGGGCUUGCAGCUGUUGGCGUUGGGUCCUGGUGUUUCCACAUGACAUUGCAAUAUGAGAUGCAGUUACUGGAUGAAUUACCAAUGAUCUACAGUUGCUGUGUGUUUGUCUACUGCCUAUAUGAAUGUUUCAAGCAAGAGAACACAGUCCAUCACCUUGUCAUAGUGAUCCUGUUUAUGUUCAGUGUUAUCGUCACUGUGGUGUACUUACAAUGGAAGGAGCCAGUAUUUCAUCAGGUCAUGUACGGAAUAUUGGUGGGCUGUUUAGUCCUGCGCUCCGUGUUCAUAGUGACGUGGGUGUAUCCAUGGCUACAGCCUCUCGCCUACACGUCUUUAACUGUGUUCCUCAUGGGAUUUCUGCUCUGGAACAUAGACAAUAUUUUCUGUGACACACUGAGGGAUGCUCGACGGAAGCUUCCUCCGAUCGUUGGGGCGGUGACGCAGUUCCACGCCUGGUGGCACAUCCUCACCGGACUGGGCUCCUACUUGCACAUUCUCUUCAGCCUUCAGACAAGAACCACCUACCUCAGACACAGACCGAAAGUAAAGUUUAUCUGCGGACUGUGGCCCGUGGUUCACGUGGAGACCGACAAGGCCUUAUGAGCGCGAGGAGAACCGGAGACGACGGGCACCGUUACCGCACCGCGCCGCGCUAAACGGUGCGCUUCAACCACACGUGAGAUCGGUGCGUCAGGCCAACGCAGCAGGACUCGUACCCAGUUGGCACCGGUAACGGGGAUUUUCAAAAAAAAACAGGCAUCCGACUCUGCUGGGAAUCUGUGCCGUAGCAAAGACUGACAUCAUUAGCCGAUUCACAGAAACACACACCAGAAUGCAAAUGCAGCCGUUUCUCGUUUGCCCAUGUUUAUCAAAAGUGGCUGAAUGUUGUCACCGCAGACACAAACAAAAGGAAUCAUUUCAAAUUUAGAUUUGCAUGUAAGUCUAAGACAUUCAAGUAGUGUUUUUUUUCUUUUCCAUUGGUUUACAUUUGAUUGGGUAUAAAAAAAAAAAAAAACAGAUUUAAUGCACGAUUAUUUAUGUUUUCCGCUAACCCAGAAUUUUAUCUGAAUCUGCAUUUGAUGCUUUAAAGUUAUUUUUGCAGAAUUUGGUUCAAAUCAUGAUUAUCAGGUUUGAAUGUUUACUGUAGAAAGGAUAUUGAAAAUGUCUGUCUGUGCUGGUCACAGUGGAACCUCAAAAUUGCCCCCUAAUUAUUAGGUCUUUCCUCCUUAACUCCUAAAAUAUCAUUAUUGCACAUAAGAGACUUUAGGUCACACUUGUUGGAGGCCAAAAGUAAAAAAUUAUGUCUGCGUAAGUUCCAAAAAUGGAUUUUAAAAGCAUAAUCAGACAAAAGCCAUUAUCAGGUCAUUAUUAAAAUUCCAAAUGUUUUUUUGCAUUUCACUGCGGAGCUGCAAAGCAGAGAACGAGCUGCCAAUAUGAAAUUUGGUGCUCAAGUCAGAGGAAAUCGGUGGAAAUUAUACCAGUACGUACUUGAGUUUAAUACCAUUGCCAUUAAAAAACGUUAGUGAGAUGUGUGUUUGUUCACUAGUAAAAUGAUUCAAGAGCUAUACUCAAUGCAAGUAUUAACCCAAGUAUUUUAUAACUAUUUACAGUCUGACUGUGUGCAGUUUUUAGUUUAAGUGACUAAUUAAAACGGGGGUUUGAUUUUGUCAGCUACCUCUUAAUUUUAGGGACUGGACAAUGUUGAUUGAAGAGUUUGUUUAAUUGCUUAAGUGUGAGUGGUAAUUUUAAGAUGGUAAAUUAAUAUAACUUAUUAAAUUAUUAUAGCAUUAUUCAAAGAGAUGUUUAGGUAUUUGAUUACUUAAUUUUUUUUGGCUGAAUUUAAUUACCCCCAAUGCCUUUGUUGCUGCAACUGUGCUGUGCUUGAGAUUAUUACAACUGUAAAUUAUUAAAGUGCCAUGGAUGUGUCGCUUCUUUCCAUUUCUCGGCCACGGCGUGGUACUAAUGCACACUGAAGAGUCGUUUCAUACUGGUGUAAUUCUCAAAACGCAGUGUCAACUGACUGGGGAUCUAAGACUUAAGAUCCACAGUCUGCUGUAAUUCUGUUCGCUUCCCAGAGUUCAAUCCAAUUCCGUGUGCAUUAGUCUAGAAAAGUCUGGACUUUGUCAUGCUUUGUCUGUGGAUACAAGUUUCCAUUUUUUUGUGUAACUUGUCAUUUUCUGGACUCUGUGCUUAAUUCCAAUCGUGGAUUCGGUGUUUUACCCUUAACUGAAACAGUACUAUCCUUAUAAUCUUUAAUGAACUAUAAUAAAUCAGUUAUAUUAAAUUGCCUAAUGAAA